AAAAAAUCAAACAUGCUGCCUUCUUCCUCUUUGCCCUUCCCUUCCCUUCUCCUUCUUCCACUUCUCUUCCUUCUCUCAGCUCUGUUCCUAUCCCUGUGCCUUAGACGAACUAAGCAUGGCCUGAAACAACCCCCAGGGCCACCGGCCUGGCCGGUGAUCGGCAACCUCCACCAGUUGGGUACUCUCCCGCACCGAUCCCUUCAGUCUCUCGCGAAGCGCUAUGGACCCAUCAUGUCCUUGCGACUCGGACAGGUCCCUGCUGUUGUCGUCUCUUCCCCUGAAGCCGCCGAGCUUUUCCUCAGGACGCACGACGUCGUUUUUGCCAGCCGCCCAAGGACUCAAGCGUCGGAGUUCCUUUCUUAUGGCUCCAAGGGGAUGGUUUUCUCUGAAUAUGGCCCUUACUGGCGCGAUAUGAGGAAGCUCUGUACUUUGCAGCUUGUUAGCUCGUCGAAAUUGGAGACGUUUGCUCCCUUAAGAAGGGAGGAGUUGGGACAGCUGGUGAAGUCGAUUGAGAAGUCGGCGGCGGCGAGUGAGGUGGUGGAUCUGACGGGGAAGGUGGAGCGGCUUGUAGAAGACAUAAUGUAUAAAAUGAUAUUUGGACGCAACAGGGACGAUAGAUUUGGUCUGAAGGGUCUUAUUCAUGAAGCGCUGAACUUGGUUGGAGCCUUCAAUAUUGCAGAUUUCGUGCCUUUCUUGGCACCAUUUGAUAUCCAGGGCUUGACACGAAAGUUAAAGAGAAACUACAAGGCGCUCGAGGAUGUGUUGGAUAAGAUAGUGAUGGAGCAUGAAAACACUUCAAAAGGACAAAAUUUACAACACCAUAACGACUUCAUACACAUAUUGCUUUCCUUGAUGCACCAACCUGUGGAUCUACAGGACGACCAAGACCAUGUGAUAGAUAAAGCCAACAUCAAAGCUAUUUUAUCAGAUAUGGUUGGAGGGGCAACUGACACUUCUAUUGUUGUAAUUGAGUGGGCUUUAUCCGAACUUUUGAGGCAUCCAAGAGUGAUGAAAAAUCUUCAAAAUGAGCUACAAAACGUUGUUGGAAUGACGAGAAUGGUGGAAGAGUCUGAUUUAGCAAAGUUAAGUUAUUUAGAUAUGGUAAUCAAAGAGACUCUUAGACUAUAUCCAGUUGCACCUUUACUUGUCCCUCGAGAGAGUAUGGAGGAUGUUACAAUCAACGGGUGCUAUAUAAGGAAAAAGACAAGGGUAAUUGUAAAUGUGUGGGCCAUAGGACGUGAUUCUAAGGUUUGGUCUGAAAACGCGCAUAUGUUCCAUCCUGAGAGAUUUGUUGACAGCAAUAUUGACGUUCGAGGACACGAUUUUCAACUGUUACCAUUUGGCUCAGGUCGCAGAGGUUGUCCUGGCAUGAACUUGGGUAUGACUAGUGUUAAAUUUGUUUUAGCUCAAUUGGUUCAUUGCUUUUCUUGGGAACUUCCUUAUGGUAUGUCUUCCAGUGACUUGGACAUGAAUGAAGAGUUUGGUCUCUCAAUUCCAAGAGCCAAGCAUUUGCUAGCAGUUCCAACUUAUCGUUUACAUACGUAA